AUGUCAAAAACCGUGGAAACUGAUAGUGAAAAUGAAUUUCAAGUAUUGACUGAUCAAGAUUCUGCAGAUCCAACUAAAAAUAAUUUAGAAAAAGCAUUGAACCCUGUCGUCCUUGGACAAAACGUAACUUUUGAUAUUUUUGCAACUGUAACUGAUGAUGUUGGGGAUAAUGGAUCUGUUGUAGUGGAGUUUUUUGACUCAGAUGAUGAUUCUUUACUAAGUCAACCAUUUGGUCUUCCUUCGGGCAUUAAAGCUAACAGCGCAAUUAAUGGUACAUUUUCAAUACCAGUGAAACUUUCAAGUUUACCAAAAGGAUUCUUUAUACAAAUUACUGUUUUGUCGCAUACAAAUGGUGGUCCAUUUAAAGAAGUUGCCUGUGCAAUAACCUCUUAA